GGCUCGUUGCUGGAAGACUGGCCGGAUCCGGGUCCCCGGGACUCUGCUUUGGCCAAGCGCACCGAAAGACGCGGUGCUGGGCGAUCCUGCACCCAUCCCCGCCGCCUUCGCUGCUCCCGCUCUGCCUCCCAGGAAAGGAUGGGACUUCUGUGGUGUGUAAUGAGUCUCUACUUUUAUGGGAUCCUGCAAAGUGAUGCCUCAGAACGCUGUGAUGACUGGGGACUAGAUACCAUGAGGCAGAUCCAAGUGUACGAAGAUGAGCCAGCUCGUAUCAAGUGCCCACUCUUUGAACACUUCUUGAAAUAUAACUACAGUACAGCCCAUUCAGCAGGCCUUACUCUGAUCUGGUAUUGGACAAGGCAGGACCGGGACCUUGAGGAGCCGAUUAACUUCCGCCUCCCUGAGAACCGCAUUAGUAAGGAGAAAGAUGUGCUCUGGUUCCGGCCCACACUCCUCAAUGACACAGGCAACUAUACCUGCAUGUUAAGGAACACUACAUAUUGCAGCAAAGUUGCAUUUCCUCUGGAAGUGGUUCAAAAAGAUAGCUGCUUCAAUUCUCCCAUGAAACUUCCUGUGCAUAGAUUAUAUUUAGAAUAUGGUGUUCAGAAGAUCACUUGUCCAAACAUCGAUGGAUUUUUUCCUUCUAGUGUCAAGCCAACCAUCACUUGGUAUAUGGGCUGUUAUAAAGUACACAACUUUAAUAAUGUAAUACCCGAAGGCAUGAACUUGAGUUUUAUCAUAGCCAUGGUUUCAAAUAAUGGAGAUUACACAUGUGUUGUUACAUAUCCAGAAAAUGGACGUACCUUCCAUCUCACCAGGACUCAGACUGUAAAGGUGGUAGGCUCUCCAAACGAUGCAUUGCCUCCCCAGUUCUAUUCACCCACUGAUCUUGUGGUCUAUGAGAAAGAACCAGGAGAGGAGCUACUCAUCCCCUGUAAAGUCUUUUUUACUUUCCUGAAGGACUCUCGCAAUGAGGUUUGGUGGACCAUUGAUGGAAAAAAGCCAGAGGACACCACUAUUGACGUAGCUGUUAAUGAAAGUGUAACUCUGAGUAUAACAGAAGACGAGACGAGGACUCAGCUUCUGAGCAUCAAGAAAGUUACUGCUGAGGAUCUCAAGCGCAACUAUGUCUGUCAUGCCAGAAAUGCCAAAGGGGAGGUUGACAAACCAGCCAAGGUGAAACAGAAAGCUCCAAGAUACACAGUGGAACUGGCGUGUGGUUUUGGAGCCACAGUCCUACUGGUGGUGAUUCUCAUUGUUGUUUACCAUGUUUACUGGCUAGAGAUGGUCCUAUUUUACCGGGCUCAUUUUGGAACGGAUGAAACCAUUUUAGAUGGGAAGGAAUAUGAUAUUUAUGUAUCCUAUGCAAGGAAUGCUGAAGAAGAAGAAUUUGUAUUACUGACCCUCCGUGGAGUCUUGGAGAAUGAAUUUGGAUACAAGCUGUGCAUCUUUGACCGAGACAGUCUGCCUGGGGGAAAUACAGUGGAAGCAGUUUUUGACUUCAUUCAAAGGAGCCGGAGGAUGAUUGUUGUCCUGAGCCCAGAUUAUGUGACAGAAAAGAGCAUCAGCAUGCUGGAGUUCAAACUGGGUGUCAUGUGUCAGAACUCCAUUGCCACGAAGCUCAUUGUGGUUGAGUAUCGUCCCCUUGAGCAUCCACACCCAAGCAUCCUGCAGCUGAAAGAGUCUGUGUCUUUUGUGAGCUGGAAGGGAGAAAAGUCUAAACAUUCUGGUUCUAAAUUCUGGAAGGCCUUGCGAUUGGCUCUUCCCCUGAGAAGUCUGAGUGCCAGCUCUGGCUGGAAUGAGAGCUGCUCUUCCCAGUCUGACAUCAGUCUGGACCACGUUCAAAGGAGGAGAAGUCGUUUGAAAGAGCCCCCAGAACUCCAGAGCUCAGGGAGGGCUGCAGAUGCCUCUCCAGCUCCAGACACGAUGUCCAAGCACAGAGGGAAGCCCUCUGCAGCCUGUCGCUGCUGUGUCACCUACUGUGAAGGAGAGAGUCAGCUUAGGAGCAAAAGCCGGGCAGAGAUUCAUACCCAGCCCCAGUGGGAGACACACCUCUGUAAGCCUGUUCCCCAAGAGUCAGAAACUCAGUGGAUACAAAAUGACACCAGAUUGGAACCCCCUGCUCCCCAGAUCUCUGCCCUUGCUCUUCACCAUUUCACGGAUUUAUCCAACAACAAUGACUUUUAUAUCCUAUAAUUACUGUGUGGUGGGGGGUGGCUGCUAUUUCUACCAGCCCAUUUUGUUUCAUGAACCUAUGGGAAUAAUUGACAUUUUUAUCAUCUAAUGGACUAUCAGAUUGUGUCCCCUUUAUUGAUUUUUAAAAACAAUUUAUUUCUAGGAGACAAAAGAUCCGAAGGACCCGAAUCCAGACUUAUUGCCUCUAACGGCCUCAGAAGAGCACACUCUUCUUGGGCCCUAGAAGGUCAGUAUGUGCAAGUUGCCUAAAGUCUGAUCCUCUCUCUUGCCCAAUGGUUUUCAAUGGAGCAAAGAAUUUUAUUGUGUUUCCUCUGAGUUUGUUGACCAACCUCAUGUUAUAAGUCAGUCAGGUGUACUUGGGCUAUGACACUUACAGGGUAUGUAUAUCUUGAGCGAGCAUUAUGGAAAGAAAUUGGUUUUGAUGGAAACUGUAGGACUAAGCUCAACAGAAAACCUACAGCACAUUUUCCCAGGAAGAACCAAAUACUCCCACGCAGGGAUACAUGGUGUCCUCUGUCUCACUGUAAAUUAGUGUUCUCUAAACUGCCUAAAGUUGUUAGCAUCAAUAAAGUUAUAUUUUUAUGUGAUUUAAUUUGUACUAACAAAUUUUUACCUCUCUCUCUCCCUUUUACCUUUUAUGGCUUUUAAAUUCAUAUCUGAAGAGAAUUCCCUUUAAGGAAAUUGAAAUUUGGUUUGGGUACUAGGAAAACUGAGAUGUCUCUUUAGUUUCUUUCUAAUAUGUAUAAAAGUGAUCCGAGAAAGACCAAAAGAGAGUAAGAAAAUGUCUCAAAGGAAAAGGAGGUUUAUACAAAAAUAUCAUUAUAUUUUUAGAAAUGACCCCUGAAAAAUUCAGUACCGUUAAGGGUUUAGGGUAGACUUUGGUAUACCAAUCCCUUCUUCUCAUUCAGAAUUCUGAGAAUAGUCAAUUCAAGUGCCUACAAGGAUCAAAAGUAAGAAAAAAGAGAAAAGGGGGCCAGAUAUAAGUAUAAUACAAUGCUCUCCAUCUAGUACCCAUGUGUAUAGGGAAAUAGGUAUAGAUAAGUAUUUCUUUAAACAUUUUAACACAAUCAUAAAAGGCACAUGGCAUUUGAUUUCCAAGUCAGGGAGAUAAUAGAGAUGAUUAAGCCUGGAGGCAAUUGAAGAGUAUAUAUUUCUUUAAAAGGGAUCAUCCUCUACUCAGCUCCACUAGAUUGCUGUCACUGAUUUAGCCCCAGUAUUGGAAGAUUGUCCAGUUUUUCAAAAGAAUCUAAAAAUCAAGAUUUUUAUGUAAUCUGUCAAUUAUGGAAUGACCUUUACUUAAAAAGAAAAGAAAAGAAAAAAGUAAAGAACCAACCAAAACACAUGAACGUGCAUUUACCCAGAGAGCCACUAGUUUGUAAUUUCAAAAUGAAGGUAUUCACCCAAAAAACUUAUGUCAAAUGAAGAUCCAAAUAACCCUGGUGAUUCUGAGACUGGAGAACACAGACUGGCCCUAAGGAAAUAAUGGAAGACAUUUAUUUCCUCCCCAAAUUGAAGACAUCUGGACACUCAGAAUAGGGCUGAUCUGAUCCAACACUCCAUUAAGGAGAAAAAGCUGGAAAAUAGUGUGCCUUCCAUCUACUCUGUAAAGGGCCUCUGCCUGGUGGGUUUACUGUAAAAAAAAUUAGAAGCUCAACCUGCUGCUCCUGACCAGGAGCAGAGUAAAAGGAGCCAAAGGUCAUACCAGACAUGAGCGCUCACCUUCAGUAUAUGAGCCCUGGCUGCUAGUGAGCUAUGGCCCAAUGGGUGUCAUCCAUUCUCAGUUAUUAAUAGUGAAUGAGAGGUGGAGAAAGAAGCCAGAGUUUUCAUCCCACUACUCCUCUUGGAGAGAAAUACAGAAUUCAAAAAUGAAAACAGAAACAAUUAGAUCCUUCUCCUGCUGAAAUAAGAUGAGGAAGUAGGGCCCUCCAGAGUAAAUGGGACUCAACAUGGAACUUGCAAUUAGGAAAUGACAGGCCUGAAUAUCUACCUGAAUAUCCAGCAGAAAAUGAUUGAGCACAACCCGUGUUCUACACUGCAUUCCUUCUUGAAGGGAUUAAUCCAUUCUUGAUUUAUGUUCAAGAAUCUUCACUUGGAAGACAGAGAGUAGUUUCUCUCUAAAUCUGUUAAAUAGUGGGUAAUGUAAGUUGCUCCAAAUCCCAAAAAGGGAUAGAAUGCAGUUACCUAUAAUCAGUCUUAUUCCUUAUUAGCACAGUAUCUCAAACCAUAAAAUAUCUUUGGGUAAAUUAAGACAUUACUUUUAUGAUUUAUAAAUUAUUUUCUAAGUGAAGAAAAUAAGUGAAAGGACUAGUGGCAGAGGCAUGGAAAAUUACACCUGAGCUCUUAUUAUGAAUGAAUAGCUGGAUAAUCAUGGUGUUCUCAAAAGCUAAAUGUUGGUCAGUAUCAAUUUCCAUUGACAAUAUAAGUACAGUGUAAGCAAUAUAAAGUCAUAAUUUUUGGCAUUAGCUAUACAAGGGUCAGAAAGAUGAUAGACCAUACUUGUACUGUAUGGAGAAAAGCGAUGAGGUUAUGUCAUUAUUCCCUGACCCAACAUGCUACAAUUGAAUGCAGUAUUCAGUACCAUAUAUUUCAGUGGGUGAAUAAGAAGAAUGAAAUUUCCUCUUGGGUCAUGCAUAUUCAUAACUGAAUUAAUAUGAUUGUAAGUUAAAUGGACAUCAUUUACAUAGGAAAAUUGCCUAUUUAGGAGUAAGUUUCAAGUCAAGUAGAGAUGAAUGUGAGUCCUGCUUCUCUCCUAACUGUCUGUUUGACUAUGGGCUCUCUGGGCCUCCAUCUCCUGCUAGCUAAAAUGGAGAUAAUAUUAUUAACCUCAUUGGACUUUGCGAGCAUUAAAUGAUAUAAUGCAUGUAAGUUCAUAGCACAGUGUCUGGCACACUGUAAGUGCUCAAUAUUUGUUGACAAAUUUUAUACACAUAGUGAAAUCACUCUUGUGGUUGCAUAAAUUUCCAUUUGCAUAAUUACUUAUGGCUUACAAAUCAAUUUUAUUACAUCAUUUUUUUUAGCACAAAAGCAGUUCAGAGCAGGAACAUAUUAUCCAGAUUAAGUGACUUUCCUAAUGACCCUCAGCCAAUUAGUGAUAGGGUUGGGCCUCUAAUCUAAGCUUCGGACACCUGAUCCAGUGUCAACUGUAGAACUACUCUUGUAAGAUUCAGUUGGAAGUACGUCUAUUACAAAGCCACCUAACUGGAACUAUUUAAUUUGAACCAUUAUACAUUCAAAUCAAAAAGGCAGUUAAUGUAAACCCACACACAGUUAAUUAAAUGUCAUAUCAACUGUCUGAUGUGUCAUCUGGCCUUGUCAUCUUAUGAUUUUAUAUAAUUUCAUUUAAAAAUAUUAUAACAUCUAAGCAUUUAAA